GUUUAAUCGCCGUCGUCUUCCUUUCUCCUUUCUCCGUCUUCGUCUUCUUCUCAGGUCUUUUCACUGACGAAUUAGGGUUUGAGAUUUGGAGCAAAGAAGAGAUGUGGUUUCUAUGUGUUUUCUAUCACAGACUAUUAGACUUCAGAAAGCCAGAGGUGGAAGCUUUGGCCGAGCUCUUCGGAGAGGAGAUUGCUGAGAAUGAGUCUCUCCAAUGGCGGCUUCCUGAACAUCACCAUAACGAUACUCCAUUCCAUUUUGUUCAGCUCUCAUCUGAAGAAAUCGCCCAGAACAUUGCCAAACGAAGCAUCUUAGUGAAAGGAAUGUACGAGCUUUGGGGUGAAGGAACUUGCUAUGAAGAGCUCAAAGACUCCAUUGAAAGCUACCCUGAUUCUCGAAAGCUUCCAUUUCUCACUUCCGGUUCCACAUUUAGGAUCUCUGUCGAAACUUUCGGAAAGGCCAUGACUUUCGAUGAGCAGAAGGAUCGAAUCCAUUCACUUACUUAUAUCCCAUUCGAGGGAAGGGUAAACUUGAAAAACCCAGAUCACAACUUCUUUCUCAUGGAAAUGGAUGAAUCUGAAGAGAACAAUGGACUUCCACCUAUUGUGCAAAGAAGGAUCUUUUUCGGGAGGGAGGUUGGUUUUGCUGAUAGGAAGCUUUUGCCGACUUUUCAGUUGAAAUCUCGCAAUUACCUUGGCCCGACUGCUAUGGACGCUGAAAUGGCUUUCUUAAUGGCCAAUCAAGCAAAAGCUACAUCUGGAAAGCUCGUGUACGACCCUUUCGUCGGUACAGGGAGCAUUCUUGUUUCUGCUGCGCGUUUUGGCGCAAUGACAAUGGGUGCAGAUAUUGAUAUCAGAGUUGUGCGUGAUGGACGUGGUCCAGACUGUAAUGUUUGGAGCAAUUUCAAGCAGUAUGGACUACCUAUGCCAGUUGCUUUACUUAGAAUGGAUAAUAAUCUUCCUCCUUGGCGUUCCGGUCUAAAGGAGAUGUUUGAUGCGAUUAUCUGUGAUCCACCUUAUGGGGUUCGAGCUGGUGGACGCAAGUCCGGUGGGAGGAAAAUCCUUAGAGGGACAGUGGAACCUUACACCGUCCCUGAUGACAAAAGAACAGAUCACAUCCCAUCCACUGGUGCGUAUAGUCUAGUGGAGUGUGUUCAUGAUCUGCUUAACCUUGCUGCAAGAAUGCUGGUGAUGAAAGGCAGGCUCGUCUUCUUUUUCCCGGUUCUGAGAGAUGAGAAAGGCGGUGAGGUUAAGUUUCCCGAGCACCCCUGUUUCAAGUUGGUCGCCGUCUCCGAACAGAUCCUGAGCUCUCGGUACAGUAGGGUUUUGCUGACGAUGGUGAAAGUUGAGCCUUACGGUGAAGAGAUUGAAGAAGCUGCUCGUUUGAUGCAUUUAGAGUUUAGAGAGAAUCAUCUCAAGUGGUUAGAGGAUGGUAAUAUCCAUUCCUCUGUGUUUAAGCCUAAUGAUGCUUCUCAGAUUCACACUGAUUCCAAAUCCUUUAAAGAUCCAAAACCAAAGUACAGAGGAAAGUAUGUGUAGGCAUGAGUUUUUGUGUUCCUUGUGUUGUAUUCUGUUUGGUUUUUGCUGAACGCUGUCGUUUUUUUUUACUUUCUUGUUGUGAAGAUUUUCAUUUCCAUUUUCUAAUACAAAUCAGAUUUCAGGUGUUAUUGGCAAACAAGUGCUUUAUACAUAACAAAGGAGAUGAGAAACAAAAGGAUUUAAAGUUUAAACUACAAAAAAUAUAACAAUCAGGAUUCGAGAAGGUAUUAAAAAUGCAACAAAAGAGACACAUUCUCUUGAGGCACACGCCUUCGCUGAGCAGAAGACAAAAACAAAACAACGAAGGCUCCGAUUCCGAAGAUGAACCAACAAAAAAGAACAAAGAUUAGAGUUUUUUUCAAAGAAGAUAGAUAAUUUUUUUUAUUAAUAUAAAUUAACGCUUCUUCUAAGUCUUCUUCAAAAUCUGAGAAUGGUGUAGUAGUAGUUAAACAAACAUCCCACAUUUGGUUGUUUCUUCGUUUCCUCCUUACCAUCCUUGCUUAGACGAACAAACCUGUUGCUGAAGAAUCCGCGCUCUUUGCUUCCUUGGAAGUUUCUUCGCUGCUCAUCGACGGGUCUAACCCAAGCAUCGACGGCACCACGUGAUCUUGGUCUCUCCAUGGAUUCAAAACUCCUUGAUUCAUCGAUUGAUCCAGACCGGGAAUGUGUCCUUUCUGAAAAUGAACCUGUUCUGCCUGCACCAGACCCGGGCCUCUCAACUGGUUUCUGUCUGAACCUGACUUUGUCGUCCAACUCGCGGGUUAGUAUUUCAAGAUCUUUCUCCUUCCCGCGUAUAGUUUCCGGUAAAUCAUGGUGAUUGUUGUUACUCCCCGGUUCUUGAUCCGAUUCCUUGACCUCUGUAUCAAUGGAUUCCUUCUCGAGCUUUUUCCUUAGUUCUUCAAUCUCUUCCUUCAACAUCUUCUCCUCUUCUGUUUCAGGCCUGGAAAAUUUUGUUUUCACGACACAGUGAUCAAUAGCCAAUUGUAAUUAAGCUAAAGAAAAAAGCAUCACAGAGUUCAUAACAUCACACAAUCACACAAGAUGCAUCUCAAAACUUUCAGCUCAAAUAACAACUAAGCUGAAACAAGCAGGUGUUAAUGUUAUCUAAAUCAACAGUCAAUCAAUGCACUGAGAGGCUGAAUAUUAAAAACAAUCACCGAUGUCGAAAGAACUCUAUUGAGAGAACACAGAUAUGCGACAGAGUAUCACACAUUUUCAGAAUCAUGAAGACUCUAUAACUAAUGUGUACAGAAUCCCUUCAGAGAAAUGCCAUUUGGGGAUCUGAAACCUAAAGCAGAAGUGGCAAAAACUUAUUUUAAGUUAUCACCUCCAUGCAUUUUAAUCUCCUACAUUCAUCCAUCCAACUACCUAAAGAUUGACAAUUUCUAAAGUUAAAUAUCAAGCAGUUACUUCAAAAUUCUAAAACUUUCUGAAGCAAAUAUCGAUCAAGCAGAAGAAAACCAAUAUUCAGAUGAAUGAGGACCUGUCAACCCUGCGAUGCUCGAGUUCCAUAUCCAUCUUGCGCCAAUCCUUCCCUUGUUCCUCCAGCAACACUUCUCGAGGCUUCGCGUCGCCGAAAGGAUUCACCUUUGGUCUCGGUUUCACCGCAUUAUUCAGUCCCGAACUCUCAGACCUGUUUGAUUGAGCACUGGAAGGUCUGCUCGAAUGUGCGCUCGUUGGCCUGCUCGUCUGAGAAUUUCCUUUCUUAGCCUCAAUCUCCGAGUCAAGCUUCUUCCAGUCUAAACCUUUCUCCGCCAAAACAUCCUCCCUUGGUCUAGCCGCCCCAAACGGGCUCGGCUUACUCGUCUUCGCAGCAGCAGCUGGGGGAGUUUCGCUUGCUCCUCCUGAGUCAACCUUUCGUGGUUCCAAAACAAGUCGACGACGUUCCUCCUGAACACCACCUCCGGCUACUCCUCUAGACCAACGGUCUGAUUCGCGGUCUGAGUCACCGAAACUGGACCCAAAUGUAGAUGAUCUAACCGGAGCUUGCUUUUUACCUGCAGCCCAAUUAUCGGUUUCGUCAGCUUUGGAGAAACCACCAGCACCACCGCUACCGCCAAAACUGCCACCGCCACCGCCACCACCUCCAUAACUACCUCCGCCACCGCCUCCGAGGCCACCAUAACGACCACCCUGUCGUCCUUGAUCGAAAGAAGGAAGCGGUUUUUUAGCUUUUCCCCAAUCAUCAACCUCGUCAGCUCUCGAAGGCUGCGCAAAAUCCAUCCUAGACGGAGGUCCUCUCCUGUCGUCAUCAAAUCCGCCGCCGUAGGGUCUCCGGCCACCACCUCCACCACCCCAAGAGCCAUCGGAAUCAUCUCGAUCUCGCCCCAUUCGGCCAGGAGGUCCACCAGAACGACCUCCGUAAGAAGAGAAUCCACCGCCUAAGCGUCCAGGUUGCAUUUCGUCCUCCGAGCGUUGCCUGGGACCAGUCGGUAGCUGAAGAAUCUCUUGCUGCGUCAAUCCAACGGAAUUUCUACCUGCAGGUGCUGUGUAAGCCCCCGAAGCAAACUCCGACAGAGUCAUCUUCUUCUUCUUCUUAGACUUGGCAUUGUUCGCACUCGCAGCCUCCUUCAGGCUAGGAAAACUCUGCACAUCCGCCGCAGCCGCCGUAGCUUCCGCCGCUUGCUCUUCAUCGGCACGCUCGGCUUCGUCCGCCCACGCCCCAAUUCCGAUUCCUCCCCAGGGUUUCGACAUCCUCCAGUUGAUAUCAGAAUCUGAACAAUUCCCAGAUCUGAACAAGGAAGAUGCUGGAGUGAGACGGAGAGAUCUAUAUCGCCAGGAACAGCAAAAAAUUGAAAACGGAAAAGUGAAAACGAUUUAGGGCUCCGACGAAAGCUUAAUCCACAGAAGAAACCGUUCGGAAGAUUAUUCCUUUUGUGUGAAGAUGAAAAUUUUUCUGGAGAAAAUCAUUAAAAAAAUCGAGAUUUAUUCCUUUGAAGCUGUUUUUUUUGCAUGCUUCAGAACGAAGGAGCGAUGGACGGAAAAUCGAGAACCACGCGUUUGGAAGGAGCGUGAGGGACACGUACCACUCAGUGACGAGAGC